GAGAGCCAACAUGCCGUUCCCGCCGCAAGCGAUUGUCGUCGUCGUCCUCGUCUGUCUGGUACCGGUUUAAAGACGUGUCGGAACAAAGUCCUCGGCUGCCUGUCUCGCCUUCUCGCGCACAGUUCGUGCCUAUCGUGAAAGAAACACAAAUUACCGUAUAGGUCGCAUGUUUGCAUUGAAAUAAUCGCCGUCGCGCAAAAUUGUUUUUCGAUGACAUUUGUGAGCAUCGUUGUGAACGUUUAUGUAAGACGAACCGUGAACCGCAUCGUCUAUUAUAAUUUCCCCAAAAAUUCGUCCGUUAUCCUUCGUUAGCAUCAUUUACCUCGCGUUCAUCAUUUUAUUUGUCGCUGUUUCCGUCUUUAUCUAUCAUUUCUUGUUUCAUCUUUGUCGUUUCCCAUACCCCCUCUCUUUGUUCAUCCUUCCGUCAUCGUCUCGUCGGUCGCGGAAGGCAGACGGGACACGAAGCGCACGGAUUUAUAUUCGUGUAGCGCAGGAGAGUUUAGCAGCUUCGUAAAUAUGGCGUGUGAACCGUGGUGCUUUAACCGUGGCUGUGACGAAGCUCCCCGACGAUGGCUGUUCAUCCUGUUGCUGGCUUUCUGCGUACUCGGACAACUCGGUUUGAGCCUUGCGGACAACGAGCUCAAUCGAUACCAUUAUGAGGAAGAGCACGCGGAAGGACAGUCGUCGCUCGAACAUGGACCAGUUGAUGAAAUCUCUUACUUGUCAGAUGAAGAUACAGCUAAUGAUGAAGAAGCGUUUGAAAGACAUCGUCGGGACGUCGGUAAAGUCGACGAGAAAGCAACCCUCUCGACCGAACAAACUCCACAUGAGCAACAACAACCACGGCAACAGGUCGCGUCGCAGCAGUCACAAUCACAGUCACAGUCGCAACCACAACAACAACUGUUAAAGGUUGCAAAUUCGUCGAAAGUGCAAAUAAAUGUUUCCUAUUUUACGGAUUACAUGACAGAAUCCUCGGUUUCUACAUCACCCCCAUCCUUGUCCACGUUUUCGACGGCCGAACAAGAACCUGCGAUGACUUCAGCUACAGUCGGUGAACAGGAGACUUCGACAAAACAGUCGAUGAAACUUAUUCGAAAAAAUCCUACUAACAAGGAAUCGGUUCCACUUAUAGAACGAGGUAAUUCUAAUGCCACAAAUACAUCAACCGAGACUAAUAAAAACCUGACGAAAGAAACAGAAACCGAAAUGGAAUCUACGGAUAACAAGGACGAUACCGAUGGCAAUAUUGGAGACAUAUCCAUUAGCAAAUUUUCGGAUUUAACGAACAAAACUCUGACCCAGCAUAAUAUUAUGAAAACGGAGAACGACACGCAUCAAUAUUACAACAGCACAUUUAUCAUCGAUGAAACCGUGGGGAAAAAGUACUGGGUAGAUAUAGACAAUCAUCCGGAUUUGAAAGUCAAUUACUUACUCAGUCAAAGCCACCGUCGAGCUGCGACAGUCAAAUUGAAAUUCGAUUUCCCUUUCUACGGUCACAAAGUUCGCAACAUCACCAUUGCCACCGGUGGAUUUUUAUAUACUGGCGAGUACGUUCACAGCUGGCUAGCUGCCACACAAUAUAUAGCACCAUUAAUGGCGAAUUUCGAUACUCGUUUAUCUAAUGACAGUUACGUGAAAUAUGUCGACAACGGAACGGCAUUUACGGUCGUGUGGGAGAAGGUGGUAUUGCAAGACAAACCAGAUGCCGGUGCAUUCACUUUCCAGGUAACACUGCAUCAGAAUGGUGAUAUUGUAUUCGUAUACUCGGUCAUUCCACUGACAGUCGAACUCAUUGAAGACAGGGCGCAUCCUGUUAAAGUUGGUCUUAGCGAUGCAUAUAUCAUGGACAGGAUAGUUUUCUUCGUUCGCAAAAAAACAAUCUACGAGUACCAUCGUGUAAACUUUAAUCGACAGGAUAUCAGAAAUUGGACAGUGAUUUAUCUAAAUGCAUUACCCACUUGUUUAGAAAUGGAUAAUUGCAGGGAUUGUUUGACAAAACUAAAAGAUUUUGAUUGCAAGUGGUGUUCAGAAUUAAAUCAAUGCAGUACUGGAACGUUUAGGUCACGACAGGAUUGGCUAUUGAAAGGUUGUGAUGUACGGAUGAUAAAAGAAGUUGACAAUUGUCCGUUACCAACUACAACACGUAAGGAACAUAUCGAUGAAUAUAAUCACGUUUUACAUAUGCAUUCAGAAGAAACUGUUACCGUUAGUGAAAUGAAUGCAAAGCAUUCUGGAACGAGUCCUUUUGAGCGUUCACGGGACAAUAUGAACAUAGGAGUGUCAGGAAUUAUCGGAAUUCUUUUUGUAAUUGCUUUAGUCGUAGCUUUAGCAGCUUGGGCUGCAUAUGCUUAUCGCAAUCCUCAUAGUGCGUCCGGGCAAAUGUUAAUUAGGUAUCGACCAAGUCAGUGGAGUUGGCGAAGAGGAGAAGCACGCUAUACAGCAGCAACGAUUCACAUGUGAAAAACGUGUAAUCGAGAUGCAAUCAGCAAUUAGUACAGAACUGUCGAACCAAACUUCCUACUAAAUAUAUACUGUAUCAAGUCUGCAAGUUUAUGUACGGAACCGUUUGCCUGCAAUGAUGCAUGUGUCGCUUUAUUAAUUGCCAUAUGUGAAUUCAUAAAUCAUACUUGUUGAUAUUAACCUAAAAUACCAUUUUUAAUUAUUAAGAAUAUAUUCAUGUUAAAAAAUAUAUAAUUGUGUUAAAAAAAACAAGUAUUUCAGAUCGUAAGUCAUAUCUUAAACUUAUUAACGCAAAUUUUAGAAGAAAUGGCAAUUAAAUUAUUAGAGACAAAAGUAUAGAAAAAACUUUUCAAAGUGACCUUCGUUGUAUCAGCGGGUAUAAUAACGAGAGUUUAUUGAGAUUUUAAAUUUUGUACAGUAAUGUUAAUGUUAUAGAAACAAGUGAAAACGAGUUUAUACUUACUGUUGCCCGUAAAAACAGAACUGAUCUUUCAUACCGCAUAAUUUAUCUAAAAUUUUCUUUUUAAUAGUUACUGCAUCGUAAUAUUCGAAAGAUGAAAUAUUUUUAGAGCAAAUGAUGAGAAUGCAUAAUGACUUAACGAAAACAUUUAUGUUUUCUGAUUCAAAGUAACCGUAUUGUUGAAAGACGGGCAAAAAAUCCUUCUCUUGGAUA